AUGACCAUGGAGUGGAUGUGGAUGUGUGGCUCGCUUCCGCACCACAGGUUUCGUCAGACUCAGAAGGCAAGAAUCUACUCUCUCAGUUUGCUAUUAUCCACCUGCCAGAGUGCUUUUGUCAAAAAGAGAAGUAUCCAAGAUAACUUUCUUUACGUGCAGAAUAUCAUCAAACAAGCUCACUCCAAGCACCUGCCGACUUUGUUCCUUAAGCUUGACUUUGCCCGCGCUUUUGACUCAGUCAGUUGGCCCUAUCUUUUGGAGCUCAUGGAGAAAAUGGGCUUUGGCCCUAGAUGGAGAGAAAUGAUUGCCCUGCUGCUUUCUUCCGCGUCCUCUCGAGUUCUUCUCAACGGCAUCCCGGGGCGCCCCUUCCCCCAUCGACGUGGCCUAAGGCAGGGUGAUCCGUUGUCUCCCUUGUUAUUCAUCAUCGCCAUGGAGCCUCUGCAGCUUCUGUUUCGGAGGGCCGCGGAAGAGGGUGUGUUGUCGCCGGUUGCACCCAGAGCCGCUAAGAUGCUGAUCAGCUUGUACGCAGAUGAUGUGGCCUUAUUUGUCAACCCUCUAAGACGCGACAUGACUGCUAUUAAAGAUCUUCUACAGGGUUUUGGUUCUGCCUCGGGCCUGCUCAUCAAUCCUGAAAAAUGUGUUGCCUUUCCGAUUAGAUGUGAAGGCAUUGAUCUGCCUGUGGUGUUCCAAGAUUUCAAUUGCUCUGUUGGUGCCUUGCCUUGCAAAUACUUGGGGCUGCCGCUUGGUUUCCGGAAGCCGAGGCGUGUCGAUGUGCAACCUAUCAUUGACAGACUUGCUUCUAAGUCCAAAGGAUGGAUGGGUAGAUUGUUGGCUAAACCUGGGCGCCUGGCGCUAAUUAAUUCAGUGCUCUCGUCGACCACUACCUACUUCCUGACGAUGUUUGCUGCUAAUCCAUGGGCCGUGAAGAAGAUGAAUAAGAUCAGCAGAGAUUUCCUAUGGGAUAUUGAGGAAGGAACAAAUGGUGGAGGCAAAUGCAUGGUGAGCUGGAAGAGGGUGUGCAGCCCCAAAAUUGUUGGUGGUCUCGGCAUCAAGGAGUUGGUGGCCUUUAGUAGAGCUCUGAGAAUGCGUUGGCUCUGGUUCCAAUGGACUGAACCGGAGAGGCCUUGGUCUGGCACUGAAGUGCCUUGCGACCGCGUUGAUAAGCAUCUGUUCUCUGCUUGCACUACAAUUGUGCUUGGAAAUGGUGGUAAAUGCAGUUUCUGGUGUGACAGAUGGUUGCAUGGUUCUGCACCUCAAUGUAUCGCCCCCCUUUUGUUCCAAUUGGCUAGAAGGAAAAACUUGUUGGUUAAAGUGGCGCUUGAAGGAAGCAAAUGGAUGAAAGGCUUAGAAAGAAUUUCGUCUGUUGAGGAGAUGGACCAAUUCUUCAUAUUAUGGCAGAAGAUUCAGAAUGUUGAGCUCUCUAAUGCUCCUGAUUCCAUCAGUUGGUCACUCACUGAGGACGGCUGCUACUCGGCUAAAUCGGCUUACGAGUUUCAAUUCAAAACUAGACUCCCUCUUCCUCACCUUAGACAAGUCUGGAAAGUUAAAGCUGAACCAAAAAUCAGGUUCCAUUGCUGGUUGUUGUUGCAAGACAGACUUUGGACUGCUGACCGUCUGCAUCGACGUGGCAUGCCUGCACAAGACCUAUGUCCUCUGUGUGAUCAGGUUCCUGAGUCGGCUGUUCACCUCUCCAUCCUUUGCCCUUUCGCGAAGGAAGUUUGGCAAGCCUUUUCAAGUGAUCACCCUUUGGCUGCUGCAAUUGGUACUUCGGCAACCUCCAUCCGCGCUUGGUGGAGAAGGAUCUGGAAGCUGAACAGGGACAAGACGACCAAGGUUCAGGCGACGGCUGCGGUGUAUAUCGCGUGGAGCAUUUGGAAGGAGCGUAAUAGGCGUGUUUUCGAGAAUACAUCUAUUAUCUCUAGCGUUGUUGUUCAACUCAUACGGGAGGAUUUAAAGUCCUUUGAGUUAGCCUGUAAGAUGUAG